AUGGGUUUUACACAAUUGAUAGCAAGUGACGGUGAACUANGUAGAGCGGAUCUUUUCCUCGACCAAACGGGUGACGACGAGAGUAGUAGCAGUGAGAGCUACAUGGUUUCGGACCCGGGUACGGUUUCGUCGGGUAUGGAUCCUGACAGAGGAAGGGGGGUUUUGGAAUCUUCGGACGCGUAUUUGCUGGAUGGUGUGACGUGGACCAAUAGCAACAUAACGCCUCGGUCAAAGUCAACGGGAUUGUCUAGCUGGCGUAUAACUGGUAUUUUAUUCCCGAGAUCUCACUCGACCGGACAUUCGCUGGUUCAACCGGUUGGGAAUUUAGACCGGUUUACGUUGAGGUUACCGGAUGAUGUAAGACGCCAGCUGAUGAAGACAUCAAGGACGACGAUGGGACACGUGGCGUUAUUACCUCAGGCGAGGAGUUCACGGAGUGGUUACCGAAGCGGUAGCGUCGGGAGCGGUAGAAGCGUCUUCUCGUACGGACGGAAGAAUUAUAAUAAUGGUCGACGGCUGCAUUCGCUGUCUUUCUCAUUCUCUUUUCGGAGUGGUUCUGUCCGGUCAGCUUGCUCCGGAGAUGGGCCUAAGAAUCUUCCGACAGCGAUUGAAGCUGGUGAACGGUCUUUCGAACGCCUCCGACCGGAUGAACGAGUGUAAAUAAUUGUUUUUUUUAUUUUUACAAUUUGUUUUUGGGAUUAAAUGUUGUUAUGCCUCGUAUUCGCUUUUUUGACU